GUCAGAUGUUGUUAUCGAGUUAAUAGACACGGUGUAUUUUGUUUUUGGCUUCAAUUCAGUAUAAUAUUGUUAUACAGUGUCGUGAUAGGGAACGGCUCCUACAAUAUACUAAUCUCUGUGUUACCUAUUAGAUCAUAAUAUACAUUAUACAAGUAUAAUAAGUAUAUUACCCUAUGAGACACACGAUAAUGUUGUCCUGAAAGAUUAUUCAUUGUUAUUAUUAAUAUUAUUCGUUGUUGCAUAAUACUGCUAAACUCGUAAUACCAGUAGGACGUCGCUCGAGACCCUGUCAUACCCAUCGCGUCGUAAAAUAAUUAAAAUUUCGUCGUCACCCAGCAUACGGUUAGUACUCUCCAUUCACGCGAUCCCGUCGAACGGUACAGCGGGUGAAAACAUCGACAGCGCUUUGUAUCAGACUCGCGGAAAACGYCGUACCGACUGGCGUGCGCGCUACGCCCGUUCUCAGUCGUUCACCUCGCGGGAUUGCCGAUACCCCUCCGCGCUCGACAGUCCGUUCCGUUCUAUWACUUAAUUAGCGAGACAAUCGUCCCGUGUACCAGCCAACCGCCAUGGCCGCUUUUAGUACCGCGUUCGCGGUGACUGUCUGCUGUUUCGCAUUGUUCGGUUCGACGUUCGUGUCGUCCGAUGGUGCUGGUGGAAAUCCGUCCAAGAGCGUUCACCUCGGCGGUGGCAAAGGACCGAUCGAAGGAAAACAACAAACGCUCAAGUUCCUGUACUGUUACUCUUGCGGAUAUCAAAAAGCAUUUGAUCAAUACUCAAGUAUUCUUAGUGAAAAAUACCCUAAUCUUCACAUUGAUGGAGCAAAUUAUGACCCUUCCAUGGCACACUUACUAGCUGCCAAAAUAUUGAGCCUUGCAAAAAUGAUAAUUAUAAUUGCUAUUGGAUCUGGAAUCAACUUAUUCGAAUAUAUUGGAAAGCAGCAACCAAACUGGUGGAUCUGGUGUACAUCUAAUAAAAUCUAUGCUUGUCUUGUGGUAUUUUUUGGUUCAAAUAUGUUUGAAGGAAUGCUUAUUUCAACUGGUGCAUUUGAGUUGUAUUUAAAUGAUAUUCCUGUUUGGUCGAAAUUGGAAACUGGAAGGAUUCCUCAACCUGCUGAAUUAAUACAAAUCAUUGAUAACUAUUUAUUGUUUGAA